AUGAAGAUCGCGGUGAUGACCUCUGGAGGGGAUAGCGCGGGGAUGAAUGCGGCGGUUCGGGCAGUAGCCAAGAUGGCCAUCUAUCGUGGAUGCGAAGCUUGGGUGAUAAGGGAAGGUUGGGAAGGUCUAGUGAGGGGCAACGACGAUGCGUCGAGCAAUGCUGCCACUCCUAAUGGAUCGCCAGACACAUCGAAGCGCACAAUGGACGCAUUCAGAGACGCCCAUAAUCCUCAUGCUGCUCGUCAGGAAGCUUCCUCUUCUGCUACCGCCAAGUCGCCAUCUGGAGGAGCCAAUGAUGCGUCGGCUACCGCUGCUACUGCUGCUGGUAAUUCCUUGCCCCCCGAAUCAUCCUCCGUCAAGAGCGGCUUUGUGUCCACCUUUGGCCAGGGUGAGCUGCUCAGGGAGGGAGUGGGAGAAGCGGAAGAAAUCGGUUUGAAAGGACAGUACAUCGUCAGAGUGGGCUGGGAUGACGUGAGGGGAUGGAUGGAUCAGGGCGGUACGCUGAUCGGUACGGCUCGUUGCGCAGCAUUCAGAGAAAGACCAGGCAGAGAGAGGGCAGCGCGCAACCUCAUCUCGUGUGGCAUAGACGCGCUGGCUGUAUGCGGUGGAGAUGGCAGCUUGACGGGCGCUGAUCGCUUGCGGGCGGAGUGGCCUGAAUUGGUAGAGAGCCUCAAAAGCAGAGGCGAGAUCAGCGAAGCGCAGGCUCAAAGAUAUGCGCAUCUCAAAAUUGUUGGACUGGUCGGCUCCAUCGACAAUGACAUGGCGACGACCGAUCUCACCAUCGGUGCGUCGACCGCUUUGGCCCGCAUCUGCGAAGCGAUCGACAGCAUCAGCAGUACGGCCGCUUCGCACUCUCGAGCAUUUGUAGUGGAGGUGAUGGGCCGACACUGCGGAUGGUUAGCUCUCAUGGCCGGAAUCGCUUCGGGAGCCGAUUACAUUUUGGUUCCGGAACGUCCGCCCAUCGGGGAUUGGCGGGACAACAUGUGCGAAGUGUUGGCUCGUCAUAGAGAAGUGGGCAAACGCAAGACCAUCGUCGUCGUCGCAGAGGGUGCUAUUGAUCGAGAGCUGAAUGCCAUCAGACCCGACGACAUCAAGUCUAUCCUCUCCGAUCGCUUGGGCCUGGACACGAGGGUCACCACGCUUGGACAUACGCAGCGAGGAGGUAAGCCUGUGGCUCAAGAUCGUGUGCUAGCCACCUUGCAAGGCGUCGAAGCCGUCGACGCUUUGCUGCAGGCCAAGCCCGACACUCCUAGCUACGUCAUCGGUAUACGCGAGAACAAGAUCGAGCGGAUCCCACUUAUGCACGCCGUCGAGAUGACCCAACGUGUGGCAAAGUGUAUCGGAGAAAAGGACUUUGAUGGCGCAAUGGCUCUCAGAGACCCCGAGUUUGAGGAAGGGCUGCACGCCUUUGAUCUCAUCUCCAAGAUAGACGAGAGCUUCUUGGUACCUCAACAGAGCAGGAUACGCAUGGCGAUCAUCCAUCUCGGUGCGCCUGCGGGAGGGAUGAACGCUGCGACGCGCACUGCAGUGCGAUACUGCUUGGCUCAUGGCCACGAACCUUUUGUCGUGCACAAUGGAUUCCCAGGUCUGCUGGAGGACCACAUCAACCCUCUGAACUGGCUUCGGGUGGAUAAUUGGGCUGUAAGAGGAGGCAGCGAAUUAGGCACCAAUAGGGUUCUGCCCGACAUAGACUUUGGAGCGGUGGCUGCAAAGCUGCAGGAACACAAGAUCGAGGGCUUGCUGGUCAUCGGAGGCUUUGAGGCUUUCCAGGCCGUCAAACAGCUCAAUGAUCAGCGCGGCAACUACCCCAUCUUCAGGAUGCCCAUCGCUGCCAUUCCUGCGACAAUCUCCAACAACGUUCCGAUUUCUGAUUUUUCUUUGGGCUCCGACACUUCCCUCAACGCCCUUGUAGAUGCGUGCGACACGAUCAAGCAGUCUGCUUCUGCUUCUCGCAACAGGACCUUUGUGGUGGAGACUCAAGGUGGCAGGUGCGGCUACAUUGCCGUCAUGGGCGCUCUGGCUGCCGGUGCUGUGCUCGUCUACACGCCCGAAGUGGGCAUCGGCCUUCAACAGCUGGGCGCUGACGUUGCCUGGCUCAAGAAACGGUUCGAGUUGGACGUGAGGGGCAAGAGCGAGGGAAGGCUCGUGAUCAGGAAUGAACGCUCUUCGGACGUGUACACAACAGAAGUCAUCACCAAGAUUCUCAAAGAGGAAGGCAAAGAACUGUUCGAUGCUCGUUCGGCCUCGCUGGGACACACUCUGCAAGGCGGUGUCCCCUCGCCGCUAGAUCGAGCACGCGCCACUCGUCUAGCCGUCCGCUGCUGCGAGUUCCUGACCAUGAACGCGCUAGCUCUGCGGAAGAGCUCGUCAGCGUGGAAUCAGGACACGGCGGCGAUCAUCACCAUUCGAGGAAGCCAGGUCGAGUUCACUAGCUCUGAAGAGAUGGCUAAGCAGGCGGAUAUGAAGAACAGAAGAGGAAAGACGGCUUGGUGGCACGAGCUCAAGAACCUCGCAGAGCUCAUGGGCGGCCGCGCUGGCCUUUCCAUGGCCAACUUGUGA